CGCCUUCCCCAUCAGUGGGGUGGGCACAGGGAGGCGAAUCCACCUGGUGCCCGGUGGGAGCGCGUCUGCGGCUCCUCCAGCGCCCAAACCCGCGUGUCCCGGGCGGGCGAGCGGCGUCAGGCUCCGGGGACGCGGACACGGGACGUCCCGGUGCCGCUGCCACCGCGUCCUUCCAGCUGGGACACAGCGACAGCCCUGGGAACACCGCAGUGCAAGUGGGAGGAAGAUGAAACCAACCCACGUAUCCCAGGGCCUCUUAAACCGAAGCUUUAGGCAAAAGCCCUGCAAGAGGAUUUGGCGUAACUGCUUAAAGCUAAUUCAGAGCUGCCUUCUCCGUUGGGUUUAAGUUGAUUUGUCAAGAUGAGAUCAAUUAACGCCAAAUAAAGCGGAAAUGAGAUUAUGUGUUUCUCGGUACAGCUCUGGAUGGAAGUGCAGGUGAAAGAUGCUCGGGCUCUGAUCUCGGUUCCCCGCAGCCCGUUCUCCUCCUCCCUGGCUGUCCAGAGCCGUCUCUGCUCUUCGAGCACCCUGGGAAAUUAAAUUCAUGUUCCUGGCAACCCUCUGCUGUUCCAUUAGGCAGUUUCUCAGUCUCCCUCUUCUCCCUCCUGCAUUUUUAAUCUCGGAUGAGCUGUUGUGCAGAGCCAGAAGCUCUAAAAGCAACAGAGGGGAUGGCAGCAACGUCCCCGGGGGGGCGAGGAACACGAUGGUGAAGUUCUGGUGCUGAACUGGCUGAGCCCCCAGCGCGGGGGAGGAUCGGGGCCGAGCAAAGCGACCCGUGUCACGUCCUGUUCCUUCUCUCCCCUCCCUAGGGGAGGAAUCACGUGUGCGAAAGCGUGGAGGGUUUAUUUGGGGUGUUCCCCUCGCCCUCCCCCUUGCAGCUCCAAUUGGAAGCAGCAGCGGCCUGACCCAGCGGGAGCUGCGGUGCUGGGAGACGUCUGGGAGCAGGGCCUGGAUCUCUCGCUGUCUAUCCCGAAACUCCUCUCCGCUUCUUUUAACGCUUUCCAUGCUCUCCAGAUGUUUCCCGCUGGGCUCUGGCUCUAGGAUGUUGGAGAACCAAGAGGAAGAGCUGACCACAGUGCGUGUCCAGGACCCCCGCGUGCAGAACGAGGGCUCCUGGAACUCCUAUGUGGACUAUAAGAUCUUCCUGCACACCAACAGCAAGGCCUUUACUGCCAAGACUUCAUGCGUGCGGCGCCGGUACCGUGAGUUCGUGUGGCUGAGGCGGCAGCUCCAGAAGAACGCUGGCUUGGUGCCUGUCCCGGAGCUGCCCGGGAAAUCCACCUUCUUCGUGGGCAGCACGGAUGAGUUCGUCGAGAAGCGCAGACAGGGCCUGCAGCAGUUCCUGGAGAAGGUGGUGCAGAACGUCGUCCUUCUCUCCGACAGCCGCCUGCACCUUUUCCUGCAGAGCCAGCUCUCGGUGCCCGAGAUCGAGGCGUGCGUGCAGGGCCAGGGCUCGCGGACGGUGACCGACGCCAUCCUGCACUACGCCAUGUCCAACUGCGGCUGGGCGCAGGAGGAGCAGAGCCGCCCCGCGCUGCUGCCGGGGGACCCGCGCCCCGGCUGCGCCGGCCCGGGGAACCCGCAGGGGCUGAGCUGCCUGCAGACCUUCCCGCACUGGAGCGACUUUGGGAUGGAUGACGCGCACUCGGACAGUCCGGAGGAGCCCGCGGAGCCCCCGGGCGGGCAGCGGGAGCCGCAGUGACGCUCUGGGGACAUCGCCUGCCCUCCCUAGCGCCCGCAGGCCUCGCUGGAAGAGGGACCACUGCUGUCCAGGCUGGUGGGACUGGGGCUGCACUGGGAGCACAGCCGUGUCCCUGGCUCUGCGGUGUCUGGGGCUCACAUGCUCUCUCCCUGCUGACUCUCGCCUGUCCCCAUGUCCCAGGCAGUGUGUUCGUGUCACUCUCCUCUUUGGAGAAGGGAUCUAGUGGUUAGUGAAACCCGCGUUUGUUGUUCCCAUGGCCUUUGCUCUCUGCAGCAGCAGCAGCGGGGCUGAACUGGGCGGCAGUGCCAGCGCAGCACUGUGUCCCCAGCCCGGGGGGGAUGGUGGCACCUCCAGCACGGCGGAGCAGGGGCUGGCCACUGCUCAGCAUGUCCCUUUAGUGUCCCCCUUGCUGCUGCAGGCAGGGGAGGCUGCAUUUCCCUAGUACCAGGUGCAUUGUACAGCUCCUGGUGGGGGGGUCUCAGCUGCGUGGAGCCCACACAUGGGGGCAGAUCCCACAGCUGAGGCCUCCUGGCACAACUCAUCCCACAGCUGGGACGGAUGGGAACGAGCUUCCCUGGGGAGCACAGGAGAGGGGGGACAGUUUUUCUCCCCAGCACUUUUGAGGUGAUGGGUUCCUUCCCCGUGCACCCAUUGCCCUGCACUGGGGGGCUGGGGGGUCUCGUUUGCUCCGAGAGCAGGAGCACGGAGCUGCCACGGGGUCGGUGUCCAGCAGUGCCGGUUGCUCCCGGUGCCGCUCCUUGCGCUCUCCCGCACCUUUUCCUCCCCCCUCGGCACUGGUGACGGCAAAGCCGACGUGCUCUGACUCGAAAUAAAAAUGAAGUAGAAGAA